CCUGUCGUGCGUGAGCGCGCGGCUUCCGGUCACGUGUUCCUUCGCUGCACUCCUGGCCGCCCCAUGGCUCCGGUAUAGGAGGCGGCGGUGGCCGCUGAGUUUUUUUACAAGCCGUGAAGGGAAACGGCGUGGAGGCUUAGGACCGCCUUUCUCUUUUCUUUUUUUUUGGGAAGCUUGUGGGGAGGGGGAGGGGAGUGUUCCGUGGGCCGAGCAGAAAAGGAGGAGCCGGGGGGGCGAGAGCACAAACACGGUAUAGUCGCCCUAACGUCAUCAUGGCAACAUCAUCUGAAGAAGUGUUACUAAUAGUGAAGAAAGUGCGUCAAAAGAAACAGGACGGUGCUCUUUAUCUCAUGGCUGAAAGAAUAGCUUGGGCACCUGAGGGCAAAGACCGGUUCACUAUCAGCCAUAUGUAUGCAGAUAUAAAAUGUCAGAAAAUCAGUCCUGAAGGAAAAGCAAAGAUUCAACUUCAGUUGGUAUUGCAUGCAGGAGACACAACUAACUUCCAUUUUUCUAAUGAAAGUACAGCAGUAAAAGAACGUGAUGCAGUUAAAGAUCUUCUUCAACAGCUGCUACCAAAGUUCAAGAGGAAAGCUAAUAAGGAACUAGAGGAAAAAAACCGAAUGUUGCAAGAAGACCCUGUUUUGUUUCAGCUUUAUAAAGACCUUGUUGUAAGUCAGGUGAUUAGUGCUGAGGAAUUCUGGGCCAACCGUUUAAAUCUGAAUGCUUCAGAUAAUUCUGCAGCACCUAACAAGCAAGAUGUUGGCAUUUCUGCUGCUUUUCUGGCUGAUGUUAGACCUCAAACGGAUGGAUGCAAUGGACUAAGAUAUAAUUUGACUUCGGAUAUCAUUGAAUCAAUAUUUAGGACUUAUCCAGCAGUAAAACUUAAAUAUGCAGAAAACGUUCCACACAAUAUGACAGAAAAAGAAUUCUGGACACGAUUCUUCCAGUCUCACUAUUUCCAUAGAGAUAGAUUGAAUGCAGGAUCAAAGGACCUUUUUGCAGAAUGUGCCAAAAUGGAUGAAAAGGGGUUAAAAGCAAUGGUCUGUCAAGGAGUGAAAAAUCCUUUAUUAGAUUUAACUGCCUUGGAAGAUAAAUCAUUGGAUGAAGGUUACGGUGUGUCCUUGGCACCAUCCACAUCCAACUCUACAAAAUCAAUAAAGGAAAGUAGCAACGCAGCUAUUAUAAAACGCUUUAAUCAUCAUAGUGCCAUGGUCCUUGCAGCUGGGCUCAGAAAAUCAGAAGCACAAAAUGAUCACUAUAAUGAGACCAGCAGUAUGGAUGGAAAUUCGAGGGAUUCAGAUAUCUUCCAGCCACCAGUAAAAAGGGCAAAGCUGCAAGAAUCUAUAGAAUAUGAAGAUUUGGAACACAACAACAGCAUUAAAACUAUUGCACUAAAUCUAAAAAAAUCAGAUAGGUAUUACCAUGGUCCAACACCAAUUCAGUCACAGCAAUAUGCAACGAGCCAUGAUAUUAUUAAUUCUUUGUGUAGUAUUAGAGAAGAAAUGGAAGGCUAUGUACCCAAAUUAACUCAGGUUCUCUCAAGUGGUGCUGCCAGUAGUACUAUCACAGCCCUGUCACCUGGAGGAGCACUUAUGCAGGGUGGAACCCAGCAAGCCAUAAAUCAGAUGUUGCCAAAUGAUGUUCAGUCUGAACUGAAGCACUUAUAUGUUGCAGUGGGAGAGUUACUACGACACUUCUGGUCCUGUUUUCCUGUAAAUACACCAUUCCUGGAAGAAAAAGUUGUAAAAAUGCAGAGUAAUUUGGAAAGAUUUCAAGUUACAAAACUCUGCCCAUUCCAAGAAAAAAUUCGAAAGCAGUAUUUAAGCACAAAUCUGGUAAAUCACAUAGAAGAGAUGCUCCAAACAGCCUACAAUAAAUUCCAUACAUGGCAGUCCCGACGUAUGUUGAAAAAAACGUGAAGACCACAGUGUUUCCAACAGGGGACAAAUUUGCAAUAGCUGUAGGAGCCACAACUAUAACUGUGUGUAGAUCUUACAGAAAUUGCAGGGGAUGUCAGCAUCAUAAAGACUCUUUGAAAUGAUGCUAACUGAGCUUGCACCUUUUGGGAAGAACAGAGGUUAAACUUGAAAACAAAGGAGUUUAAAGGAACCAAAUCAGAAAAGCUAAGUGGCAAACACACACACACACACACACACACACACACACACACACUGUUUACUGCAGUUACUCAGGAACUGCUUUUUAUUUUCAUAAGAGCUGCUUUCAGAAAUAAAAACUUUAACAGAUGUGUAUUAAUAAACUCCAAGGUUGUUCAUCUAAUUUUUUAAAAUGUAUGGCACAGGGUAGAACUUAAUAUUUCUGUUAAUGCCGUCUCCUAGAAUUUUAUUGAUUUCUGUUUGUACUUCUAGAAAUAAGUUUAAAAUUUUACACAGAUUAACUAUUUCAAGUUCUUAAGGAACCUACAUGCAAUAGGACAAGUUUUUGUCAUGGUUUCCUUAUAAAAUCAGUCAAUGCACAGAAAUACUUAGUGUUUGAAGGAGACAUACUUGCAGACAAUGCAGAAUUUUAUGCAGAAUUUUCACCAGCCAUUGUUUGCAUGUUUUCUUUGGAAGGUGAGUGUGUGCUACUGCAUUUUGUUUUGUUUUUUAGCUUCCUUUGGAGGUGAGAAAGUCAUUUGUAAUGUAAGUGUAAGCACUUACAAAAAUAAUAACUUUUAUACUUUUCACAAAACAAUCUUAAAUGUGCUUUCUUCAGUUCUUUCCUGAUGACUGUUAGCGCUGUAUUUGGCGACUAGAUAAUCAUUGAAGAGUGAAUAUCCCAUAUCUUUAAAUAUAUUGGGAAUCCUUACAACAUUUAGAUACAAAAGAGAGGCAGAUCACUCUUAUCUAAAAUGUACCUGCCAUGUAUUAAGUACUUGACUUACUAAAGCAAAAGUAAACUUGUUUUGCAUAAUCUGUGGAGUCAGACUCCUUAUAUUUGUUGUCUUAAUGUCUUCCUCAUUAACAAUUCAUUCUUGGACCAAGCAAACGGCUUAGCUUAUAUGUAAUAAGAUGUAUCAAAAUAAUGAGCCAGAGGCUUAUGAUUGCAUAAACUAUUUUAUUGGCAGACGUUGGAAACGUGGGACCCUUCUGUUAUAUUCAUGCCCCCCUCCAUUAAAGAAUACUAGAACUGUAUUACUAAUUUACAGUGGAUUGAGAUGGUGGGUUGCUACCUCAUCUCUGUACACUGUAGCACUGAUCAGUUUGUGAGCUGCAAGAGUUACUUACUCCGUAUAUAAGAGCAUGUACUUGUAUACAUGCUCUUGGUUUAUGCCAGUGAUUUUGAUAGAUUGCAAGAAGUAAAACAUUUUAAGCAGCUACUAUUCUGUACUAUGUGGUAGAGUUAAGGCAUUAAUUUUAAAUUUGCUACUACUUUUGUUUUCAGAGAAGCUGCAUGGUAUGUACUACAAAAUGAUACUUUCAUCCACUUACCCUUUCGGGACAGAAAAAAGUCCCUUUGUAUUUUACUUCAGUUGUCCCAGUUAAAAUGAUUUGUGAAAAGCUGAAAUUAAUCAUGAAAAAUAAAGAAUUGAUGCUGCUAUGGGAAUAUCAUCUUGCUGAGAUAUGAUUCUGAUGGUAUAUGAUUACUUAAAUUUAUUUGGAUAAGUUAAUUUUUGGUGUCCUUGUCAUUAUGCCCAGUUACUGAUGUUACAAGCAAAUCUCAAACAUCAACUCUGCAACAAAGAGCAAAUUGAAACAGAUUCUAGAGCAAAAGUGUUUUGAUUGAGGCUGAGAGCUAGAUUGACUUUUACUAAUUCCAGAUCAUGUUAGAUCUGUGAAGACAUACAUUUGCACUGAUAGUUCUUUGAGCAAUAAUUAAAUGAUGCACACUACAAAUGUGGAUUUAAACAAAACUUGCUUAGGCAGAUAAUUAGAUUUAUAGUCAUUUAGCAGAAUAGAAUAGAAUAGAAUAGAAUAGAAUAGAAUAGAAUAGAAUAGAAUAGAAUUUUUUAUUGGCCAAGUGUGAUUGGACACACAAGGAAUUUGUCUUGGUGCAUAUGCUCUACCUUCUUCCUGGCCUUUUAUUUAAAUAUAUAGGCUUUGAAUAAGUACUUGAAUAAGUACAAUGGCAAAAAUACUAAAAUUUUAGCUAUAUUAUUCGACAAAUAAGAACCAUUAGAUUAUUCUACCAGAAGGUGGCAACAGCAAUUACUUGGCACUCUAUUUAUAGACAGCUCUUUUCUACAUUUGCUAUCUGACUUGCUGAUCCCAUUUCUGCUGAAGCAUGGUCCAAUAAGUGAUUUGAAUAUUAACUCCGAAAUGUCUUUUGCUAACCAUACAAGCAUUGAAAUCUGAACUUAUAUUUAAAAGAAAAUCAUAUAACUUGUAUCACUGGCAUUGAUAAAAACUGUAGAAUAAAUCUCAAUUCUCUACUCAAGUGUUUGCUGGUGGUUUAGGACAUAUUUUAUGAUUUUCCUUAUAUACAAAGCUCUAAAAUCAUGUAUCUGUUAGUGUUUUAUGCGUCUGAACAUUUUAGAAAGCUGAUUGUUUCUAAUAUGUUGAUCCAUAACUGAUUUUCAAACUUCAGUCUGCAAAAAAAAGGUUAGGAAUCUAUUUCUUGAACUUUUCUAUUUUCUAACUACUACUUUAGAUUUUAAAAAUAACAUUGCAUUGGCAAUCACAAGAACUAGUUAAACAUUGUUAUAUCAGAAGAAAUAUUUUUCACUUUUUUAGCUAUGACAUUACUUAGGGAGAGAUUGUGUGACUUGGAAUAUUUGAGUUAGGAAAGUACCACUAAUACACAGAAGCUGCCUACUUUAUUGCUCCAUCUGCCCUUUAGCAUUAGACCAAUGUGGCUCCCAUCCUAUUGGUAUUCUGUAAAGAGAUUGAAGGCAAAAGAAGAAGGGGACGACAGAGAACGAGGUUGCUGGAUGGAGUCACUGAAGCAGUCAGCAUGAGCUUAAAUGGACUCCAGAGGAUGGUAGAGGACAGGAAGGCCUGGAGGAACAUUGUCCAUGGGGUCACGAUGGGUCGGACACAACUUUGCAACUAACAACAACAAAAAAAAGACUCAGUUCUAGACCUCAGGAUGAGGUGUGGUGUGUAUGUGUAUUUCUAUCUGUAUAUUGUGCUGAAUUCUAUUUUGCUUUAAUUUCUAUUGUUCUUUAUGCUGCCAGGAUUGUUUGACCUGGUGAAAAAAGUGCCUUUGAUAGAUUUUGCAUACCUUCUUGAAAACAGCCUAUUCUGAGAAGAUACUAAGAGGCAUUUAUAUUCCCUUAUCUAAACCCCAGACUUUCAAUAGGCACCAGGAAGUCCUUAUAAGACUCCCUUCCACAAAUGUUAAUCUCUUAACAAUGUGAAACCUCUUUUAAGAACUAAAAAGCUAGAUAAAAGGAGGUGGGAAUUGCCCUAUAAAGUGCAAGGCAUGGGAGUUGAAGACUUCCUGGUAAAAUAAAAGGAAUAAAUCAUGCCAUAGCCUUAGCAUAAUCAUGGUUGUCUGACAGCAGUCUGGUUGUAGGUUUGCAGUUCUUCUGUAGAGUAAGAACAUUUUAAAUUGGGGCACUGUGGCUGAGCAUCAUAGGCUGCCUCCAUAUUUGUAAUUUCAAAUAUGUGCCUAGUAAGUAACCCAUGAUUGGGUGGAUCAGAGUUUGAAAUUUUAAGAUUAUUCAAAAAUCUAACAAUCAGCCUGAAAUCAGCCUAUGAUUCAAUGUGGCUGUUUUUACUUUCUCUGGGAAAGUAAAGGGGGAAAUGAAAGGAAUCAUGCAACAGAUAGAACACCAAUCAUAUUUUUGUAGAUGAAUAUAAAUUGAUUCAGUCUUCAUUAAUUUGUUCUUGUAUUCAUUAGAUCCAUUCAUUACUACGUAUGCAUCUUUUUUCAAGGAACUUGAUGUACCACCUUCAAUUUAUUUACAUAGCAAUCUUAUGGGCUGACAACUUAAUGGAAUCCAACCAGGUUGCUUCCACAAAUAUCUUUGGAUGGCCAAGAAUGCUAGAUGGUUGUUGAGUUUUUCAAAGUAGCCUGCAUAAUUUUUUUUGACAGCCAUUAAUGUUGUGAUUUAUUUCUUGUUCCAGUGAAGAAAUUCAGACCAAAAUAAUAACUAAAUACAAAACAACAGUAUGUCUGAUGACAUUUGGGUUGUUCCAGGCAUCAGAGGAUUCACCUCAGGAGUAAUGCAAGCUUAACUGUACCUGCUUGUGAUAAAUGCUUCAAAGAAAAAUACCAACAAAUAACAUCAAACAGAUUGAUCAUAAAUUUCACUGUGAUGUUGUCUCUAAAAAAUUACUCCAAACUAUUCUUAAAAGUUUGAGCAAACGUUUCAGCUAAUGGUUUUGUAGCUGGGUGACAGGAUGCUCAUUUCAUUCUUUUCAGGAAUGUUUGAACCUUUAGCUACUAUUCAGCUACAAAAAAAAGCCAAGAUCCCUUGUAACUAAUAGUUUUGCCACAGCUGUCCUUCCAAAGAGUUCUCUAUAGCAGGGGUGUUAAACUCGUGUCAUCACGGCAGUGUCAUGUGACAUAUUGCAACUUUUUCCUCCUCCACUAAACUGGGUGUGGCCAGCGCAUGACGCAUCUGGCCUGGGCUGCGGGUUUGACAGCCCUGCUCUAUAGUAUAAGUAACUUGCUGAAGAAAAGACACUUUAUGGUCUAUUUGAACAUGCCUCCUUCAUAACUAAAACGUUUGUGCCCAUAAAGGGCCCUACAAAAGUUACAAGUUACAUCAAUAUUUUGCAAUGGCAAAGCAGGCCAUUCCUAAGGAUAAAUGGUGAUGUUUUAGAUGGAUAUAAUUUGAGCAAUUUUGCAAACUAAGCAACUUUUUGCUAGCUGUUUGACUUGUUCUAUUUAUAGUCACCAAACAAAAUUACAAAUAAGUAUUGUCAUUACCACUGAGAUAUAUUAACAUGUUUAUUCUGUAGAGACAAAUAAUAAAUCCAUCUGCAUUUA